AUGAAUUUAGAAAAACAAGAAAAACUAGUUUCUGAACUUGAUGCAGUUAUAGAAUCUCUUGAAAAAGAAAUUAUAGAAGUUUGUAAACUUAAUAAUAACAUUAAAGUACAAUUAGAUGACAUGGAGAAGGAUGAAUUACUUACUCUAGCAUGGAUUUCUGCAUAUCCAAAAGAUUUAUAG